UUUCCUGUCGUCCCCCCCUCAGCCAUCGCUGCCUGAGGGGGUUUCGGAGGAGGGUCGGCAGGGGAGCGGAACCGAGGGGCCCGGCCGGGCUGGGCAUGAGGAGCCUGGCCGCAUCCCGCACAGGUCAUUUAAUCUCUUUCACCGUAAUUUAAUUUGGUAAUAUUUUGGACAAGAAGAACAACAAUGAUGUCAAAACAAGCCUUCCUCUGCAGUUUGGGCUCUCUCUAUUUGUCCCUCCUGUUUGUGUUUCUGCUGAUGGAUGUCUAUGCCAGGCCUGCAAACAAUUCUGCCUUGAAAGAGAAAGCGGUUGACAGCAAAGAUGAGAAUGAGAUCCUGCCCCCAGACCACCUGAAUGGGGUCAAAAUGGAGAUGGAUGGACAUCUUAACAAGGAGUUUCAUCAAGAGGUUUUUCUAGGAAAAGAGAUGGAAGAGUUUGAUGAAGAUUCUGAACCAAGAAGGAACAGAAGGAAGCUUAUGGCCAUAUUUUCAAAGGUAGAUAUUAAUAGGGACAAAAAAAUAAGCGCUAAAGAGAUGCAGCGUUGGAUCAUGGAGAAGACAGAAGAGCAUUUCCAGGAAGCUGUGGAAGAGAACAAAAUGCAUUUCCGAGCUGUGGACCCUGAUGGCGAUGGCCAUGUGUCUUGGGACGAGUAUAAAAUAAAGUUUUUGGCAAGCAAGGGCUUUAAUGAAAAAGAGAUUGCAGAGAAGAUCAAAAACAACGAAGAGCUAAAAAUUGAUGAAGAAACACAGGAAGUUUUAGAUAAUCUGAAAGACCGUUGGUACCAAGCUGACAAUCCACCUGCUGACCUGUUACUGAAUGAGGAAGAGUUCUUGUCUUUUCUUCAUCCGGAGCAUAGUAGGGGGAUGCUGAAGUUUAUGGUCAAAGAAAUCAUCCGUGAUCUAGAUCAAGAUGGAGAUAAGAAACUCACCCUUUCGGAGUUCAUUUCCUUGCCUGUUGGUACAGUAGAGAACCAGCAAGCUCAGGAUAUUGAUGACGAUUGGGUGAAAGAUAGAAAGAAGGAAUUUGAGGAAGUGAUUGAUGCCAACCACGAUGGCAUUGUCACCAUGGAAGAGCUGGAGGAAUACAUGGAUCCUAUGAAUGAGUACAAUGCCCUAAAUGAAGCCAAGCAGAUGAUAGCUGUGGCAGAUGAGAAUCAGAACCAUCACUUGGAGCUGGAGGAGAUCCUGAAAUACAGCGAAUACUUCACUGGCAGCAAGCUUAUGGACUAUGCACGUAAUGUUCACGAGGAGUUCUGAUCAUGCUCAUCUCUGCAGAGCUCUGAAGCACCUUCUUGCUUUCCAAAAACAAAAAGAAAGUUACCUUGCUGCUAUAUGUGUUGUGUGUGUAUGAUGUGUUGUCCUAGACUUAAAAAAAAAAAACAAAAAAAACGUCCAUAUAGAAGAACUGCAGUUCUCCUUUAACCUUCAGUAUAAAGAAGGAAAGGGCUGUAAGUAACAAGGCAGGAUCUGGACUAACCAGUUCAUACUACCUUGUGCAGUUAUUGUAGCUGAAAGUUCAGCUUAGGCCUUGUGAAGGCAUCUUUAAAUAUCUAACUUCUGUUGCCUACAAAGCAGCUGAUCUAUGAAAAUCAUCAUUAACAUUGGAGGAUCUUAGUUUUUUUUUUUUUUUUUUUAAAGGCGAUCGUUUCGGAUAUUUCUUUUCUGACAGCAUUCUAGGAGAAUCCAACAAGGGAUUAAUUGGCGUAUAAGGUGCGUUGGUUUUGCUCAGCACAGGAUCCUUUAUAUUUAGGGGUGUGGAUAUGUACUUUUCAGCUCGUGAACGUCAGCUGUAAAUUGCAUCAGAGGUGCACAUGGACUCAAUGCAGGUGGGCUGAUUAGGUUAUGUUUUCAGCUGCCAAAAUCAAGUGUGUAUUCACCUCACUCACUCCUAAUUGUACUAGAGUGGCCACUCCCAGGGUGAAGAAAAGAAAAAUGUGAACACUCUUACAAUAGUCACUAUAAGUGAAAGGCUCCAUCAGACAAACUAUGACUGCUGAGGAGUUUAUUUAUAUUCGCCAUUGCUUGUGUCUGGACCGGCCUGGGUUUCAUCUCAUUCCAUCAUACGGAUGAGAAGCCUGCUGCAUCUGAGUCUGUUAAAGUUUUUGAACAGAGUAAGUGUUUUCUUUUAGCACUCUGCUGACAGGAACAAUAUGGCUGGAAAGAACAGACAGCCAUGAGAAAGGAAAUGGCAACCACAUUGCUUUAAAGGCUAUCCAACCCGAUCUGUACUUUUUUUGGUUCAUCUUCCUCCUCUUCCUGCAUUUUUCACAAUACCUUUUAGUCUGGGUAUUGGGUGUCCAGUGUUGGAGACUAUUAUUAAAUAACUGCUUUUCCAACACUGCUUUCGCAAUCUGAAAAGUUACUUUCCAUUUUAAACAGGAGUGUUCGAAAUUUUACAAGUGAAAUCCUUUUUUUGAUUUAAAGCAGAAUGGAAACUGAUCUACAGUGUGACAGAAAUCCCGCCCUUGUGCUGUUCUGCAGCAGUGGGAAUGAAAAGCUCAUUUUAAUCACUUUCAUUUCAAAAGAGCUCACAUUUCUAAAUACAGAGAGAGGAAUGUCUUAACCUGUGAAUGUUCAGGGAGCUGCAGGGAGCAAAAAUGGAUUCAGCUUUUAGAAUCAUGAACUGUGUUGCAACUAAUUAGAAUUCACUCUGUCUCAAUCUGGUUAAAUUUGUUAAAACUAGUUAAAUUUGUAGAGCUGUUUGGUUAGGUCUCACAAGCUAAUCCCUACAAGUAGGAUUGGUUUCAACCUCCAUUGGUUUAAUUUAUGUCCCACUCUUCUCUAGCUGUACUGUGGGCUAACAGAGGCAGUUCAGAACUUCUUAAGGUUCCUUGAGCUUUUUGGUUUAAUCUGUUUUGGCGGUAAUCUCUAUGGAGAAUCUUGCAACACAAGGGUCAUAUCCACUAAUGUUUAAAAUAAAAAAUGCUUCACUUUAUUCUAGCCUUACCCUUGCUGUAAAAAAACCAUCUUUUGGGGGCUUGCUUGAAAUUCCAAUUAAGGUGUGUUAUAUCUAAUCAAGUUCAUUCUCUUAAUAUAAUGUACAUACAGGGAUUGCUGUUUGUUUUGAUUUAAAAUGUCCCCUUUUUUUGUUAAAUGGCUUGUAUCAAAGUCUUUUUAUAUACAUUUAUCUUUUUUGCAUUAAAUAUAUUUCUCUGUGCUUUGGCAAUGCUCCAGCAUUGAGAUUCUUCAUUAAGACAAACUAUUUAAGACCUCAGAUUAAAGAAAUUUAAUCAUGAAGUGAACAUAAGUCAAAUGGGGGGGAAAGAGUGGAGAAAUUGUGAUAGUCUACUCAUGUUCUACUUGUAAUCAAAAGUAGCUGGAUGUUCCUUCUAUAAUGAGUCUACAGAGACUGAUUUGGACCCCAACUACUCUGACUUGCAACCAACUUCUGGGUUUGUUUAAACAUGGUUGGAUUGUACUGUAGACAGGGCCUGAAACAAUACCUCUGAUGUGAUUUUUAUCACACACAUGAUGUUACCCUGGCAUCACUGUUAUCUCUUUCAUUGUGGAUUAAUCUGUUCAUUUUCCAUCAUGAGGAUUAGAAACCGAGACUUGAUCUACACAAUCUACUCUGUCUGUCUCCUCCCCCUCUUCAGGCACUAGUACCCUUUUUUGGGGAGACCGGGGGGGCUUGCAUUUUGGGGAAGGGGCAACUGGGCUGCGUGGAGACACUCAGAUGAUUCCUCUCUCUACAUUUUAGAAAGAAGGAAACUAAGUUCAGAUACCGUUCUGUUUAAUCAUCCUAUGGUUCUUUAGUGUUCUACUUCCAAUCUUGCCUUUCCCAAUUUCUGCAUCUGUCAGAUUCUUAGCCACAGGGCAGUUUUCAUCUGCCAGUAAUCUACUAUUGAUCCAGUUCUUCCAUUUAGCACUACUUACAGUAGUUGAUUGUUUAACUUUGUCCAUGUUCACUUACCACUGUUUAUAACAUAAAAGCAGUCUGCCUACUGCUAUAAAGUGCUUGGUAGCCAAGCUAGCACCGGCACAUGGCAGUUGGGAGGGUUUGUAUUUUAGAGAAAGGUGGGGGGAAUUAAAUUAAAUCUAUUUGGUCUUUAGUAGACUAAUGUUGAGUUAUUCAUUGUGUGAUAUAACUUGGGAUAUGUGCAUAUAGUUACAACUUCCAGAACUGCAAUGGAAAGGGUGUACAUUAGCAGUAUUUACCAACUGAAUGAUACUUUACCAGCAUUCAAUUGUAAUGAAAUAGAAUCUGAAUAUAUAGUCAUCAAUGUUUACAUUGUUUUUGCUUUAAAUGCGUUUAGAACAUUUCCAACCUUAUGUUGUUUGUAAAUUUCAUCCACAUCAAAGUCUUUUGUUCGGAUUCCCUUCCAAAUGAAUAAACAGAUCCUGCUACUUGCGAUGAAAGGGAGAGGAAGACCAUUUAGGUUGAUCAAAAGUUGCAAAGGGAAGAAAUAAGUCAGUAUGAUAUAAAAUUAUAUUUACCUGAUUUUUUUUUUAUAGUGAUGCUACGUAGCAAGACUUAUGCCACUUAAUUUCCUAUGUGCAGACCAGUGUGGGUUGUGUUCUUUUUUUCAUUGCAGAUAGAGCAAAAGAUAAUUUGGAGUGAAAAAAACAUCAGCUCUGGUUUCUUUUGAAAGGAACGGCUUUACUAAAGCUGUAACUUUCCAAUGAUUUUGAGAGGACUGUGGAAUGGAAAAAAAAAUUGGGGUAUGUCUUUAAAAAUUCAGAGACACUGGGGGAGAGGGGAACAGCAUAAAUAAAAUACAGCAAUAGAAUUGCUCUGCAAUCCUCUCAACUGUAUCAGAUUAUAAAGGAUGUCAUUCAUUUCCGGUCCAAAUUUACUUCCCUCCAGUACAGACCUGGUGGUGGUUUCUUGCAAGUGAACUGUAAAUUGACAUCAGAAAUGCUGAGUCUUAGAAGUCUGGUUCUAAAAAACUUGACAAAUUUUAAAUAAAAAUCAAAUAAAAUCCC